GUAGAGAGAGAGAGAGAGAGAGAGAGAUUCUUGAUAUUCUUGAUGUGAGAAUGAAAUGUCAACGAGCUCAACUGUUGAGCACAAGAAAAAGAAAACAGGGGAAUUCUUCUCUGUCUGAAAACUGUUGUGUUGUGCCGUGAAGAAGAAGAAGAAGCAGAGCAUGGAGGGUUUGAUGCGAAACAGGGGAGGGGUGCUGUGCGGAGUGUCGCUCUCGGUGUGCGGUCAGGAGGAGAUGCAGGCCUUCUCCAGAGACGGGAGCAGCCAAUACAGCCUCGCCACCGGCAUCUUGCCGUCCCUCGGCGCGAGGAGCAACCGCGCCGUCCAGCUCCGCAGCUUCAUCGUGUCCUCCCUCGAUCGUCGUUACAGGAUAUGGGAGAAUUUCCUGGUUCUUCUGGUUGUGUACACUGCUUGGGCGUCGCCGUUCGAGUUCGGCUUCCUCAAGAAGCCAAAGCCGCCGCUGUCCAUCAUUGACAAUGUCGUCAAUGGAUUCUUUGCUAUCGAUAUCGUCCUUACCUUCUUCGUGGCUUACCUCGACAAAGCCACCUACCUACUUGUCGACGACCCGAAAAAGAUUGCUUGGAGGUACACGACCUCAUGGUUCGCCCUUGAUGUCAUAUCGACCAUUCCCUCCGAACUUGCUCAGAAAAUCUCGCAUUCACCACUCGGGGGCUAUGGCCUAUUCAACAUGCUCCGACUUUGGCGUCUCCGAAGGGUCAGCGCCCUGUUUUCGAGAUUGGAGAAAGAUAGGAACUAUAACUACUUUGUGCUCCGGUGUGCAAAACUCCUCUGUGUUACUGUGUUUGCAGUCCAUUGUGCAGGAUGCUUCUAUUAUCUUCUCGCUGCUCGUAAUCAUGACCCGGCAGAAACUUGGAUGGGGAAAGCCAUUCUCCAGGAUGGCUUGGGGAUCCGGUAUGUGACUUCGCUUUACUGGUCUAUUACUACUUUAACAACGGUUGGAUAUGGCGAUCUGCACCCGGUGAAUGUGAGGGAGAUGCUUUUCGACAUAUUCUUCAUGCUUUUCAACCUCGGUUUGACGGCGUACUUGAUUGGUAAUAUGACGAACUUGGUUGUUCACGGUACGAGUCGCACCAGAAAAUUUAGGGAUACAAUACAAGCUGCCUCAAGUUUUGGUCAAAGGAACCAGUUGCCUCCUCGGCUACAAGAUCAGAUGCUUGCUCAUUUGUGCCUCAAGUAUAGGACAGAUUCUGAGGGACUUCGGCAAAAAGAGACUCUCGAUUCUCUCCCUAAAGCCAUCCGAUCCAGCAUCUUACAUUAUCUUUUUUACAAUAUUGUCGACCGGGUGUACUUAUUCCGUGGCAUUUCAAAUGACUUGCUCUUUCAGCUGGUCUCAGAAAUGAAAGACGAGUAUUUUCCUCCAAAUGAAGAUGUGAUCUUGCAAAAUGAAGCACCGACAGACUUCUACAUUCUCGUCACUGGUGCUGUGGAUCUGCUAGUUGUUAAAAAUGGAACUGAACAGCCUGUUGGAGAGGCAAAAAGUGGUGAUAUUUGCGGGGAGAUUGGUAUACUUUGCUACAGGCCACAGCUUUUCACAGUGCGGACGAAACGAUUGAGCCAGCUGCUACGGCUAAAUCGUACCACAUUCUUCAAUAUAAUCCAGUCAAAUGUUGAAGAUGGGACCAUUAUCAUGAACAAUCUCCUUCAGCACUUGAAGGACCUCAAGGAUCCAACCAUGGAGAGCAUUCUGAUUGACGCAGAGAACAUGCUGGCACACGGUCAAUUGGACCUGCCUCUCAGUUUAUGCUUUGCCACAUUGAGAGGAGACAACUUGAUGUUGAGCCAACUACUGAGACGGGGCCUAGAUCCUAAUGAAUCAGAUAACAGUGGGAGGACACCUCUGCAUAUUGCAGCAUCUAAAGGAAGCGAGAAUUGUGCGCUCCUCCUUCUGGAUUAUGGUGCAGAUCCUGAUAGCCGAGAUUCAGAAGGAAAUGUGCCUCUUUGGGAGGCAAUAAAGGGCGGUAGUGAACCCGUGGUCAAGUUGCUAGCAGAAAAUGGUGCUAAUUUAGUAUCUGGAGACGUGGGUCAAUUUUCAUGCACGGCAGCAGAACAGAAUAAUCUGGACUUGCUCAAGGAGAUCAGUCGUUAUGGUGGGGAUGUUACACUUCCAAAAAGCAACGGGACCACCGCUCUUCAUGUCGCUGUUUCUGAGGAUAACAUUGAGAUAGUCAAGUUCCUCUUGGAUAGAGGGGCAGACAUCAACAAACCGGACAUCCAUGGAUGGACACCCAGAGAUUUAGCAGAUCAACAGGGACACGAAGAGAUAGGAAUUCUUUUUCAAUCCAUAAAAGAAACUGAAAUGCUGCCUGCUAUUAGAAGCGAACCCAAUUUGCCUCAUGCAUCCCAAGAAAAAACUGUGGAUGCUGCUUUUGGCCAAAGCCGUCCAAGGAGGAGGACGAGUAACUUCCACAAUUCCUUGUUUGGCAUUAUGUCAGCUGCACGUGAUGGUGAGGGAGAUGUGCUUUUAAGCAUUAAUCAUAAUAAAUCUGCCAAUAAGUCUUUUGUGGCACGACCGGCUAUCCGUGUGGUUGUUAGUUGUCCUGAAGUGGGAGAUGUUGAGGGGAAGCUUAUGCUACUCCCCGAGAAUUUUCAGGAGUUGUUGGAGAUGGCACGUAAGAAAUUUGGGCUUACUCUGCUCAAAGUUUUAACCAAAAAUGGAGCUGAAAUUGAUGAUGUAGCAGUUAUCAGGGAUGGCGACCAUCUGGUUUUUUUGAGCAAGGAAGUGAAGGAUGAUUUUGCCAACAGAAAUGACAAGAAGGUCCAAUAAGGAAGUGCAUAGGAUUUGUCCUUCUGAAUCAGUUUCCAUGUCCACAUCUUAGUCUAAUGGAAAGUCUAGUACGACUGUUUCCAUUAUCUUCUUUAUGUUCUUUUGCUCUUUUUACAUGAAUCAACACAAGGAACUGUACAUGUACUAUGAAAGUAAUCUGAAGAAAAUUCAUGUUAUUCCAAUCUUCUCUUGUUC